AUGGCACGAAAAUUUACGGAUCUCGCAUUCGACUUGAUGACUGCCGUGACAUUUGACAUGGACUAUGACACCAUCCAGGAGGAGCGGUUUCGUUAUGUGGUGGAAUCCAUUGAGACCUCGAAUGUUCGCCUCGGUGUCCUCAUCCAAGAUUCGGGACUGAGCUUCCGAGGACUUGACAAGUUGCUCUUCCCAGAUUCAGCAAAGGCCGCUGCCAGAUUUGUCAAGUUCCUACGCAGACUCCUCCAUGAGCGCAUCCAACGUGAGAAGACAGAUGGGAAGGAUAUUUUCUCAUUUCUUGAGCGCUGUAAGGACCCCGAUACAGGCAACGGGUUGAGUUCAAGGGAGAUCAGCUCAGAGACUGCGACCUUCAUUGUAGCCGGCUCUGAUACCACUUCGACCACUCUCGCAUCGGUGGCAUAUUACUUGGCGGGAUCGCCCAGGUGUUACAUUCGGGCGGCCGAAGAAGUCCGCACAAAAUUCACAUCAGUCGACGAGAUCCACUUUGGCCCCAAGCUCAACUCGUGCGUCUUCCUCCGGGCCUGUCUCGACGAGGCGAUGCGGAUCACACCACCAGGUGGCGCCUCGCUCUGGCGCGAGGUCGAGAAAACGGGCGCCGUGUUCGACGGCGCCUUUGUGCCCGCGGGCUACGAGGUUGGCUGCAGCAUCUACGCCAUGCACCGCAGCCCCAAGAACUGGGAAGACGCGGACAAGUUCCUGCCCGAGCGGUGGCUCGAGAAGAAGAACGGAAACAAAGAGGACGGCGCAGCAGCAGCGCGCCAGCCCUACUUCCCAUUCAAUAUCGGCCCUCGCAGCUGUGUGGGCAAGCCACUUGCCCUUGCCGAGGUGAUGCUGACGUUUGCUCGUCUGCUCUGGGAGUUUGACUUCCGCACGGAUGGUGCAGACGAGAUGUGGACGGCAGCGCACGAUACAGAGCCCGUCGAAUAUAUGCUUAAAGAUCAUGUCACUGGACAGAAAGUGGGUCCUAUGCUGCGGUUUUGCCCUCGGGUCUGA